CCCUCUGAGUGUGUGCGUGUGUGAGUGUGAGUGUGCAGGGGGCGGGACCCCAGGCAGGGCUGUGUGGAGGGAGACUCGCAGAGGAAAGAGAGUUUGGCUGUGGUUCCCGAGUCCCAAAAGGAGAGGCGGGAUGGAUGGGCCCCUACCUCCCCGGGAGUCCGCCAAGUUCAUUGCUGAGAACAGCCGAGACGUGUCCAUCGACGGCGGAGGCGUGCAGAGGGUGGCGGAGCUGCUGCUCGCCAAGGCCGCGGGCCCCGAGCUGCGCCUGGGCGGCUGGAAGGCCCUUCAUGAGCUGAACCCCAAGGCGGCCGACGAGGCCGCGGUCAACUGGGUGUUCGUGGCAGACACACUCAACUUCUCCUUCUGGUCGGAGCAUGAGGAGCACAAGUGUCUGGUGGGCUACCGGGGCAGGACGUACAGUGGGUACUGGUCCCUGUGCGCCGCCAUCAACAGAGCCCUGGACGAAGGGAUACCAAUAACUAGUGCUUCGUACUAUGCCACAGUGUCCCUGGAUCAGGUUCGGCAUAUACUCCGUUCUGACACGGAUGUGCCCAUGCCUUUGAUCGAAGAGAGGCAUCGGAUUCUCAAUGAAACCGGGAAAAUCUUGCUUGAGAAAUUUGAAGGCUCCUUCCUUAACUGUGUCCGAAAAAGUGAAAAAAGUGCACAGAAGUUAAUGCAUCUGGUAGUUGAAAACUUUCCCUCUUACAGAGAUGUGACUGAGUUUGAGGGGAAAAGAAUUUCUUUUUACAAACGGGCCCAAAUCCUUGUGGCAGAUACGUGGAGUGUGUUAGAGGGAGAAGGAGACGGCUGCUUUAAGGACAUCUCCAGCAUUACCAUGUUUGCUGACUAUAGAUUACCUCAGGUACUUGUUCACCUGGGAGCCCUGAAAUACUCUGAAGGACUACUGGAGAAGCUUCUCAAAGGAGAAAUGCUCUCGUAUGGGAGUAGGCAAGAAGUAGAAAUCAGAGGGUGCUCACUUUGGUGUGUUGAGCUGAUCCGGGAUUGUCUUCUGGAGCUUAUUGAAAAGAAGGGUGAAAAAACGAGUGAAGAGAUCAAUUCCAUUCUUCUGGAUUAUUACUUAUGGGACUAUGCCCGUGAUCACAGGGAUGAUAUGAAAGGAAUUCCAUUUCAUCGAACACGUUGCAUAUAUUACUGACCCAAAGCGUAAAUUGACCCAAAGAAAACUGCUUGCAUUUUUAUAUCACAUAAUUGUUUAUACAAUUUCACUUCGAUAUUAAGAGAAAGUGGUAGGGUUACAGCAACAAGAACACUGAUUACCCAGUCUCACUUAAAAAUUUUCUCCUGAUGUAUCACUCUGUAUUCCCAAACUUAUCCUUUUCCUGCUUAUUUAGUUUGACACUAUUUUUCCUUUUUGUGGACACAUGACAGAAAUAGUGAAGGAACUUUAAUGCUUUAAAUCUCGGAUUUCUUAAAAUUAAUCAUGUCUUAUAAUUAAUCUUCAGUGACAGUAUUUCACCUUUUUAGUUGGUAUCUUUUCACAAUGUAUAAUUUUCUGUAUACCUUAAUCAUGAGAUAUGAGACAGGGGUGGGUAAGGUCUUUGCUAUAUAAUUGCUGAUACUCUUAUAAAAUCUUGACAGCUUGUUUUAAACUUUUUAUUGGUAAUGACAGUGGGAUUUUUACAUAAUGAUUUCAAUUCAAGAUAUCAGUCUGUCCAGUUUUAUUUUUCUUUCAGAGUAUGUAACUACAUUGAAAUUGAAUAAAGAUUUUAAAAACUUUUCUUAAA